AUGUCUGUUAGUCCCGAAGCAUUCCCGCCGGGCGUGGAAUUCCCACCAAGGGCUGAUUUGCGCAAAGAUGUCUACAAGGCUUUGCCUAGAAUUGCCCCAGGGACUGUUGAUUCGGCUGCUAUGACGGGCAACAUACCUCUCACUCACACUCAGGAAGUCCUGGGCACUUUGAACGCAGCUCUGGCCAGCGGUGAUACCGAGCAAUUGGCCAGUUGCUUUUUCCCCGAACAGGCCUUCUGGAGAGACAUCAUAGCCUUCACUAGUCAUCUGCGUACCUUUAUCCAACCUGAUGUUGUCGCUGCUGCACUUCUCCAGACGAAGGCCGCUCGGGGCAUCGAAGGUGAGAUCAAGGCCAGUGGCGAUCCCCACUUUGUUGUCAUGAGUCCUGUCAUGAUGUUCAUCGACUGCGGUUUGUCCUUCAGCACCACUUCGCCCCAGCUUAGUUGCGCGGGGAAGAUGGUCUUGUUGCCCGUCAAAGUCGAUGGAGCCUUAAGUUGGAAAAUCUGGAUCUUGUCUACCUGGGUUGACCACAUCAUCCAGCAUCCAGAGGAUGAAACGCUGCUCUCAUCUCCAGGUCGAGGAGAUUUGGCCGACACCCAGACGAUAGAGACUGAUGUUUUCAUCAUUGGCGCGGGAAGCUCGGGACUGAUGACAGCAGCGAGGCUCAAGGCCCUUGGUGUCGAAAGCGUGAUCGCUGACCGUGACGCUCGGGUAGGUGAUAGCUGGGCUCUUCGGUACGACUGUCUCAGGUUCCACGUACCAACCUCCAAUUGCGAAAUGCCAUACUACUACUAUAAAAAGGAGCUGCAAAGUCCCCACCGUCUCACCAAGUCCGACGUUGCAGAACAUUUACAGCAAUACUCUGAGAUUUUCCACCUCAAUGUCAUGCUGUCUACAAUAGUCAAGUCGACUACAUAUAAUCCAGUUGAUAAAAGAUGGAGCUGUCAACUUGAGACCGCCGGCGGCAACGGAAUCAAGACUAUUAUCAGCAAGCAUCUGGUGCAAGCAACUGGCAUCGGCUCCAGAACACCGUAUCUGCCAUCGAUUGAGAACGAGGGCCUUUACACAGGCAAUAACCUUCAUUCGACCCAGUAUAGUAAUGCGAAGAAGUUAGCUUCACAUGGUGUGAAGUCUGUAGCGGUCAUUGGCUCUGCCAACACUGCAUUCGACAUUACCCAGGACUGUCACAACGUGGGUCUGAAGACGACCAUGGUCGCUCGCUCUCCCACUUACGUUUUCCCAUACGAUUACGUUAUGGACCCUCACGGCAUUGGAGCAUAUGACAAGAUGCCUCUCGAGGCUGCUGACAGAAUGCUAAACACAUUCCCGCUGGCCCUUGACGGACAGUUUUCGCAUGGACUGUUUGCCCAUCUAGCCUCUCUGGAACCUGACCGCUAUCUCGCUCUGUCCCAAGCAGGCUUCCCCGUCCUGGACAGCAGGGAUCCAUCUGUGGACGUCCAACAUCAUCUAGUCGAGCGUGGUGGUGGCCACUACAUCGACGUCGGCGGCACCAAACUCGUCGCGGAGGGAAAAGUAGCCGUACGCGGCCUCGUCGAGCCGGUGGCCUACACCCCCACGGGACUCCGCCUCAGCGACGGCAGCACUCUUGACGUAGAUGCAGUCAUCUGGUGCACGGGUUUCGCCGACAAGGAUGUCCGGUCGACGGCGGAGGCAGUCCUCGGGGUGGCAGAAGACAAUGCGAACACCAAAGGUUUGCUGGGCCCGAAGGAGAUUGCGGCGCGUUUGGAUGCCACGUGGGGCGUCGACGAUGAGGGAGAGGUCCGCGGUAUGUGGAAACGCCACUUGCGUAUGGACAAUUACUGGGUUAUUGGUGGAGUGAUCCAGCAUCAGCGGUGGUGGUCGCGGCCGCUGGCCCAGCAGAUCAGGUUGGCGUUGGAUGGUUGCUUGCCGCCUGCAUAUCGUGACACGCCAAGGAGUAAGUGA